AUGGAAAUUCUCAUUCUCUAUAAUUAUGAAAUUACUUCUGCAGCAAUUGCAGCAACACCAACCCCAGAACUCUUUGAAGCAGCAAUGGUGCAAGUGAGAGAAGCGUCAAAGUCCUUCACAUCUCUGCUGCUGACUCUAAUGCACAAUGCACAUUGGGACAUAACAGCUGCUGUUCGUUCCAUUGAAGCUGCUACUGCCUCAACUGACAAAUACCAUAAUACGUCGACAACCACAUCCAUUGUCUCAGCUCACCAUGCCAAGUAUGCCCUUGAAUCCUAUAUAUCCAGGAAAAUCUUUCAAGGGUUCGACCAUGAGACUUUCUACAUGGAUGGAAGCCUUUCCUCCCUCCUCAACCCUGAUCAGUUUCGACGGGAUUGCUUCACUCAGUACCGGGACAUGAAGUCCAUGGAUCCUACUGAGCUUCUUGGAAUCUUACCAUCUUGUCACUUUGGCAAAUUCUGUUCCAAGAAGUACCUUGCCAUUGUCCAUCCAAAGAUGGAGGAGUCCUUGUUUGGGAACUUGGAGCAGCACAGUCAAGUCCAAGCAGGGAACCACCCCAGGACUGAAUUCUACAAUGAAUUUUUAGGGGUGGCAAAGACAGUGUGGUUACUUCACUUAUUGGCAUUCUCAUUGAACCCUGCACCAAGUCAGUUUGAGGCGAGUCGUGGAGCAGAGUUCCAUUCCCAGUAUAUGGACAGUGUAGUGAAAUUUUCGGGUGGGCGAGUGCCAGCUGGUCAAGUUGUAGGGUUUCCAGUUAGCCCUGGAUUUAAGCUCGGGAAUGGGUCUGUUAUAAAAGCCAGGGUUUAUUUGAUAGCAAGAACGUAA